CUCACCAGAGGCGCUGCAAUCAGUUUAUGGUGGCUGUCUAUUUUUAUUCAACGCGAGUGGCUGGAAAAUUGUAUUUUUUCAGGUGAAAUUGAAUAAAUAGUAAAUCAAUUUGUGUGUGAAAAGCUGCCUACAUCUGAGGAGCAUAUGACGUAGGAGACAAUAGCCCAAUGGAUCAGCCGAAUCACUCAGUGGGCCGCAAUCGUGGGCGACAUCACCAUCGCAAAGAUGACUCCUCUGGCUUUAGGCGCUCCGGAAAUGACUAUUAUGGGGAGAAAGAGGGUGGUGAUAGGGGUGGACACGGAGGUGGACGGAGAAAUAGAAAACCAGAACAGCAAUUUUAUAUCCCUAAGCAGCAACAAGAGCAAUUUCGUGGAGAUUUUCGUGAAGAGCCGUCAGAUUUGAUGGGAGAUGGCAGAAAGACGCCCAAUUUGUCCAAUAUCCGAGGAGAUUUCCCAGAAGAAGAUCUCAGGGGAAAGCAUAAUCCUCAGAGAGGUGGAAAUUUUCAGAGGAAUCAUCAGCAUGGACAACGCCUGGGAGGAGGGUCAAACAGUGGUAACAUGAAUUCUGCCUACAAUCGCGGGGGUAAGCAUCAGGAUAACUAUGGAGGUCAGCGUCAAGUGCGUCAGGCUUCGGAGCCACGAAUUGUGCCCCAAACACUGCCAAAUUACUACCAUGGCGCCAAAGAGAGGGAUACUCGGAGUGUGGAGCCAAAUCUGGCGGUCAGGGAGCAACCAAACAAGAAACCUCCGUCGGGAAGGAGGAAUUCUGGGACGGGAGACAAAAUGCCACAAGCGAGUAUCACUCGCUUGCCGCCAAAUAUUGAGUCCCUGCCGCCGCGAUUCCAGAAGAAGUAUCUUCAGGAGAAUGGUCUCUCCCUGGAUCUGCUCAAUCCACCACCACCCUCGUCACAUCCCAAUCCUGCCAAUGAAGUCGUCAAUGACUGGGAUGGACGAUCAAUAGUGUUCUGUGGGGGAAAUCACCAUGGGCAACAGAAUCAUGGUCAGAACUGGUCACAGACACUCCCAAUGCCACCGAGAGGAGCUAGAGGGCGCCAGAGGAAGGACUCCGAUGUGACUCUGGACAACACUCGGUCCCGGAGUCGCAGUUCGGAAGUGAGCAGAGGCGGGAAGAUUAAUGACAGACUGAAUCACAGAGCAUUCGAAAGGGAUGAUGACUACCAUCGACGGUGGGGCGGCAAUGAGGAUAACAGUGGACAGCGAGGGAAUCAGCGAUUCCAACAGAGGCAAAGUGAGGAGAUGCGUUCGCCUGUGAGAAAUCGACACGGCCGAAUGGGAGCCAAAGGUCAUGGACUGCAGCAGAAUGAGGAGAGAAUUGUGGAAGAGGUUAAGAAACCAGAACCUCCAUUGUUUCCCACAACAGCUAUUCUUCAAAUGGAUUGGGCUGCUGAAAUGGAGAAUGUUGACAAUGAAAAAUUGCAGAAUUCAACAGUACAGCAGGAGCAGCCAAAGCCGCACAGGCGUCGUGGCAAAAAAGGUGGUGGUCGUAAGAAAAAGACUAAAUUACUCAAUAAUUCAACUUCGAGAAAUUCGGGAAAUUCUAUGCACAAAGAUCAGGAGAAUUUUAGCAAUCAGCAGCAGCAGCAGCAGCAGCAGCCGCAGCAGCAGCCGGUGUUUAAGGUUCCGGCGUAUCCAAAUCGUCGGAAUAGCAAAGAUUCCAUGCCGGGUAGUCGUGAAACGAGUCAGGAUCGGGGUUUUAGGCAGAGAUCGCAUUACAAUAGAUCGAGAAAGAAUAGUUAUGAGUAUGAGAGUGUGUCGCGUGAAGCGAGUUUGGAGAGAUUAGGCGGCGGCGGGGGGAGGGAUGGAUCGAGGAAUCGCAGUAGGAACAGAAGGAGAAAUAGGAAUUCAUGGUCGAGUAGAGAUAACAGUGCAGAGACGCAUUUUAUGAGAAAUUCUCAGGAGAGUUUGCACAGUAUCCGGGAUCCGACAAAUUGGCGGCGGGAAAUUAAUUUGGAUGAGGAAUUUAAGAAUAUUUCCAAUCAAAUAAGUACACUGAAUAUUGAUACUGAGAAGGGGGCGGCAUCAUCGAAGCCGGGCAUGAUUGUACUGCCACAGGAGAGGGCAAAGGCUGUUCCGCGGGAAAUUCCGAGGAAUAGCGGUGUUGGGCCAAAUUCACAACAGUCAAAAAUUCUGUUUGAUCCCAAGAAUCCGCAUCAGCCAAUUGUGGUGACGGCAAGUCAGGGUAGAAAUUAUACACCACCGGAUGCAAUUAAUAAUGCCACGGAUAAUCAUGCUGUUCUGGAUGCUUGCCAAUAUGCUGGUGAUAAAUACUAUGCUAGCAAUAAUGCCAAUCCUCCUAUUUGGUAUGAUAGUACAUCGGAGGCAUACCAGCAAGUGCACAAUUGUGAUUUGAUUGAUAAUCUCGUGCAGACGGAUCAGCAGAUACAGGAAUUGCUGGUGAAUGGGGUUUUAUUCAGGGAAUGGGAUACAUUUACCCUCAAUAGGAGAUGCUUGAAGCAACUUCUAGAGCAAUUUCUCAUACGUGAACUGAAAUUUUGCCAGCAAUACAAUGUUGAGCAGCAUAUUUGGAAAUUACUCUAUUACAAUACCAUUGAGAUGCUGAGGAAGCUCCAUGCUGAAGAUACCACCGAAGAUGGAAGGGCAUUCUACAAGGCCAAAUGCCUUGAGUUAAUUGAUGAGGGUAGUGGAUUUUUUGAGAAACUUCUCAAGACACUGGAACAAAAGUACAAUUUUCAUGUUGAUAAUUUUGUGGGAGUUAAUGCUGGAUCAAUGGCCAGGGGACUGAAGAUGAUUGGCUUAGCACUGGUGUCAGCACAGAAACUCUUACUUUUCAUGGGAGAUUUGGCGAGAUAUCGUGAACAGAUUCUCGAGACGAGUGGCUAUGGCAAAGCCAGACAGUGGUACAUGAAGGCUCAACAGAUUUUACCUAGCAACGGAAGACCAUACAAUCAAUUAGCAGUACUCUCCAUCUAUUCGAAACGAAAAGUUGAUGCUGUCUACUACUACAUGAGGAGCCUAAUGUCAUCAAAUCCAUUUAAAUCUGCCCGGGAGAGUCUCCUGGCGCUCUUCGAUGAGACUCGAAAGAAGUACGAGAAUAGCCAGAAGAAGCGUGAAGAGAAAAAUCGACUGAGAUUGAAGGAGAAGGAACAUCGAUUUGGUGGUGCACUGAGACGAGAAACCUGGAUACAUCCGGAGGGUGGUAGAAGAAUUCAUCGGACUUCACCACUCGAUCCGGCUGCCAAUCGAAGUGGUGAUACGAGUGAAGAGGAAGAACUCGAGAAUUUGGAGCCCAUUGAGCUCAAUAAGCGAUUCAUUACGAGUUACUUGCAUGUCCAUGGCAAAUUGAUUACAAAGAUUGGCAUGGAAUCUUUCACUCAAUGUGCUGUCCAAAUGCUGAGAGAAUUUCGGGCUCUUCUCCGAAUCUCACCAAUUCCCAUCACAUCGUUGCGUCUUUUGCAACUGGCAUCACUCAAUAUGUUUGCCAUCGACUGUACCCAGCUUAGAGAUCCAUCAAUAGCGCCCGGAGGACGAUCUGAAAUCCAAGAGUGUGCAAUUUCAAUUGCUCUGAUAAUGUUUGGGAUUAUGCUUGAGCGUUUCGUGACGAUAAUCAGGGAGACUCUAUCACCAGAAUCGACACCAUGUACAACAAGUGGGAGUCGUCAAGUAUUUGGACCUAUUAUAACGCUGGAUGGUGAGAAUAUUGUUCCCACGGCAGCAGGAAAGAGCAACACCACUAAGAAUGAAUGCGGAGAAACAUGGAGAGCAACGACAACUAAAGAAUCUGAAAACAGUAGGAAUGGAAAGAAGCUUUUAGUGCUAAAUGAGGAUGCUCGUGUUAUGCUGCCGUCGAUUAAGGUUUGGUGCGACUGGUUGCUGUGUCAUCAUGCUGUAUGGAAUCCUCCACCCACUUGUUCUGACUACAAACUUGGGUCCAGCACAAGUCAUGAUCCAUGGUCCAAAUUGGCCUCUUUGGUGGUUAUUCUUGAGAACGUGGAUAUUAAUCGUGAUAUUCUGUCAACUGAGAGAAAAGCUGAUUACGAGAUUGUACGUCUGCAGGAAGAUAUAGCUUUAGCCGGUUUCACACCACUCAUCUACAAUGCUCCUGAGGAGAUUUUUUGUCACAGGGAUGAUGAUAUUGAGUCAGCUCAGAACGCUUUGCGUUUGCAGAAGAUUUUAUAUGUUGGCACAGAUUAUUUGUGCUCUUGUGAACCACCCGUCCUGAAAAAAGUCACUUACGAAGAUGGCACGGCAGAAUACAUAAGUGUGGUGCAAAAUAGAACGGACGAGUCUAGCGAUUCGGAGAUGCUGGUGGAAAGUUUCAGUGAUGAAGAUGAGAAUGAGACACAUGUAGUGGACAAUCGAGUGGAUAGUAGUGAAGUGCGUAGUAGUGAAAAUAUUUGUGAAAAUGAUGUGAUGAAGAAAGGUUCUAAUGUAUCUUCUGUGGCAAGUAAAUUGGAUAGUUUGUCAAAUUGUGCUGAUAAUACGACUGAAAUUAGGAAACUCCUUCGACGAAAAGAUGAACUGGAACGUCGACAUAAGAUGCAGGAGCAUCAGAAUCAGAGAUUGCAGGAUAUUUUGCGCCAGAGCACGGUUUCAGUGAAUAUCGAAGUGCGUCCCAAGUUCCUAAUUCCCGAUACCAAUUGUUUCAUAGAUUUCCUGGAGCAAUUGCAAUCGAUAGCAAAUGCACAUCCACUGUAUCAGCUGAUGGUGCCUCUUGUUGUGUUGAAUGAGCUGGAGGGAUUAUCGAGGGGACUCAAGGGUAGUGCUGUGACCAAGAGCGCCUCAAAUAUUCAAAGUGGCAACAAUUUGCUAACGGUUAAUACACCGCUAGCACCGACACUUACCAUCUUCCCAUCCACCUCGGUGUCAGUGAGCAGUAAAUCCGAUCCCAAACAUGUUGCAAUGGUGGCGGAAGCAUCGAAAAAUGCCCUCAUGUUUCUCAAGUCAAAAAAUCCAGCUGUGAAGUGUGUUACAACAAAGGGUUCAAUUCUCAAUUCAUCCGUGUUCACGGUGGAAGAUGACAAUAGUGAACCACUGUCCAAUGAUGAUAAAAUUCUAGCGACUGCCGUGCAUUUGUGCAAGAACAAUGUUGAGGAGGACAGAGAUGGCACACGAUACAUAGCGAGAGAAGUUGUACUACUGACAACUGAUAGAAAUUUGCGCGUAAAAUCACUGUCACGAGAUGUACCUGUCAGGGAAUUGCCUGAUUUUAUCAAAUGGGCUGGACUGGGACCCUGAUUUCUUUGUUGUUGUUGAUGCGCGAAGAGUUCUUGUGCAAAAGUAUAGAUCUUAAAUUGUGUUGAUGUUUUUGAUCCCUGACUACGAUAAUGGAGAGAUCAUUAGCUGUUCGAGAGAAUUGGUAUUUGAGAGGAGUGAGGUAAGAAACAAAAGAAAAAAUACAGUAGAAUCAUGCUGAAAUUAUUUAAGGAAGUAUGAGUUUGUGACGUGAAAUUAUAUUGUGCUAUUUUUUUUUAGUAAUAAUAAUUAUUUGAAAGUCUCUAUUUAAUUAAUUGUGUGAGGAUGCAUAAAAAAGGAUUUAAGAAAAAAAAAUGAUAAUGAGAAUAGCGUACUGGUUUUAAACUGUAUUGCAAUUAGUAAAGUGGUACUUAGACAAAAAAAAGAUGAAAUAAUAAUUAUAAGUUCCCAGUCUCAUUUAAUAGAAAAGAUGAAUGUUAAAUUUGAAAAAAAAUGUGUAAUGAUUGUGAGUGUUAUUGAGAUCGUAUGCUAUAUUAUGACUUUGAUUAUUUUAUUGAAUUUAAUUUUAAAGCUCUACACGUACCAUAGAUUAGUUUAUUAUCCAAAUUGGUCGGUCACUCUACUAUGCCUCCUUCUUCCAUAUUACGAUGCACUUGGGAAUGAACCUCUUGAAUCGUGUUUUCUAUUUAUUGUAUAUAAAUGGAAUUGUCGUUGAAAGUGUCUGUUUUUUAUUAUUUUUCAAUUAUAUGAUUUUUUUACAUUCAAUUUCUUCCUCUUAAGGAGAAAGAGCGAAGAUGGUUCUUAAUGAAAAUUGUUUUACAAUGAUGAUAUCCUUUAAUAAAAUUAUAAACUGAUUCUUUUUAAUCAUACAAUGUAAUGGGGAUACGAGUGAAGGGAGAUUUGAGAGAGAUCCCUGAAUAGAGAGAAUAUCAAAUGUAAGAUUGAAAAUAAACAAUUAAGAUGAGA